AUGGCUACGGGAGCCUUCUCAAAGUGCGUUCCAGAUGUCCGCUGCUGCCCUAAAGAAGUCCAGCAGAGAAUGAAUCAACAAAUUUAUUUUUCAGGAUUAGAGAAUGAAUUUGCCGACCGUCUGUUCGGGCAGCACAUCGUACAAAGCAUGUUGCCAGAAGUAAUCAAUCGACACUUGAGGAAGGAAUCCCCGAAGAAAGCCCUUGUCCUGAGUUUCCAUGGAUGUACAGGAGUCGGAAAAUCCUAUGUUUCGCGAAUGAUCAUCGACGAACUAUUUUUCAGAGGAUUGAAUAGCUCGUAUGCUCAUAAUUUCAUCGGAUUUCGGCAUUUCUUGCCAAGCGGAAAGGAGGACGAUAUCAGAAAAUAUCUCCAGGACAGAAUCCGGUCUAGUGUAUCGGCUUGUCCAAGGAGUGUCUUCGUAUUUGAUGAAAUGGAAGUGGUCGCCGAGGGUGUUAUGGAUUAUCUGACCCCUUUCCUCGAUUUCCGCGGGGUGGUUGAUGACGUCGAUUAUAGGAAAGCUAUUUUCAUUUUUAUAUCAAAUGCUGGUGCUACGGAAAUCCGGGACCUCACUGUUGAACACUUCGAAAAAGGAAAGUCACGGGAUGCUUUGAAAUUUUCGCAGUUUCGUGAUAUUUUAGAGCAAGCUGCGUAUAACGAAAAAGGCGGAUUGAAGGAUUCUGUAUUGCUUGAGAAAACUCUGGUGGAUCAUUUUUUCCCCUUCCUGCCGUUGGAGAGGAGACAUGUCCGGGAAUGCAUAAAGCAUGAAUUUGACUCAAACUCUGUCGACUAUUCUGAAGAAGACAUUGAGGAUGUUCUCAGUGGCGUGAAGUUCCACCCACCCGAAACUGAAGCUUUUUCCUUGAAUGGUUGCAGAUCGGUUUACUCACUGGUAGAACAACAAAUCGCGUAUAAGGACGAGAAGAGGAUCUUGAAAGCCCAAAUGCUGGUUCGUGAUCAUUUAACGAAGUCUCAUCGUCCUCACAUCGACGCCCUAACGAUGUUGUGCAUUCAAGAUCAAGCCACUGUUCUGCACGAUUCAGUUGGUGCUGAGAUGAUCAAGAUUGUCUUGGACGAGCUGGAACGACUUAUGUCAGGGGACAGAGAUUUUAAUGUCCCGUUCGGAGUCAAGAAAAAUGCCUUCAACGUGUUCUCGUCGAAUCGUGGCUCGUUAUACUCGAGUCAAGUAGCGGUGGUUUUCAAAAUGAUUCCGGAUAAGGCAAGAUUCCGGCGCAACAUCUCACGUCUUGUCUCGCGGCGAGGAUAUGCCAAAGCGCUGAGAUGGAUUCGUGCUUUGAACCUGCCCUUGACGUAUUCCGUUACGAAAAUAUUGUUGAACCUCCUUGUCCGUGGGCAGCUAUCUGAAAUCCGAGCAUAUUUCGAUGUCUCCCCCGUUGAACGCGCUCCAUUUUUAAAAACGGUUGACAAGUUGCUCGGAAUGCGGUAUCAGGAAAGACUGCAGUUUCUUGAGGACAACAAAGUUCGCGGACUGAAAUUCUGGAGCUUGACGGAGCGAAACCUGAGCAGGGCCAUGGUUCGCCUUUUGCCACGGAAUGAGAACGAUGCCAAGAGAAUUUUAUUGGACUGUCCGAACAUGGCGAAGAGCAAGGCAUCACGGUUUUUUAAGGACAUAAUUGUGAAGACUUUCGUGCAUGAAUCCAUGACCGUCGACAAAUUCGCGUCCAUUAUUCUUGGUCGGGUAGCUGCGGACAAAGAGUUGGCGGAAAUAGUCAUCAAUUCCUUGUUUGAUCGAGAUUUGUGGCGAGAAGCUGAAGUUUGGAUGACAAUCUUCGGUAUCCGUUCCACUGAUCUCACCAGGCAGCUGAUGCGAUUUAAAACUCUGGAGGAUCUGGAAUUGUCUGCUGUCGCAAGUGGCAACCGUGUGAUGAACCCGUUGUACGAUCACGGGUUGAAUUCGAAAGAUAUCAAGGUGUUGCGUGAUUCUAAGGAUUGCGAGCAACUUUUCGAUGAUAUUUUGGCGAAUUUCUGCACGAUCGGCAUUGACGCAUUGUGGCAGCCUUGUCAAGAGAAGGGAAGGCAAAACACACUGGGGGUUUUUCAGAUUGCCACACCUUCCGAUGUUUAUGUGGUUGACGCAAUCGAACUCUAUGGAAGUUUGUCUGAUGCCGCUGCCGGAAAAUUGAAAGAUAUACUGGUAUCUUCGGAAGUGAGAAAGCUCGGGUUCGCUAUGUGCGUCGAUUUGUCCCGGCUCGGUGAUCUGAACCCUAUGCUGGCGAACAGUGCUCUAAUCGUUCAGAACUUCUGGGACUUCAAACGAUUGCGAGACCGAGGGUUCGAAUAUUUGCAGCAGAUCUACCCAGAUAUCAUGAUAGAAGGUCCGUGUAGACUGAGGGGAUCCGUGAAUGAUAUUUUCGAGUUGUGCACACAGCGAACUCUUUUGAAGAACGAUAUUGUUCGGUGCUCAGAUUGGUCUAAGCGUCCAUUGUCGGAUGAAGAGCUGCUGUAUGCUGGUAUCAAAGUUCGAUGCUUGUUGGAUUUGGAAGUCGCCAUCCGCCGUGAUGCAGAAGCAAAGAAUUUCAAUUUGCAAGAAUGUAUGGAGAAUUUGGCAAGCCUCAAAGCACCAUCGAGAAGUCGGUCGAAAUCGAGAGCAGCGUCUUCGAGAAGCUCACUUUCUGAUUGUUGCGAUUGAUUUCGAAAGCCUGAAUGAUGUAUUUUUUCGUUUAAUUUUAUGUCCUAUACACUGCUUGAUACUACUGUACAUUUCUGAAGUUUUUGUUUGUCUUGCCUCUUCCAUGAUUCUUCCACAUUCGAUACGAAAUGUAUGAACGUCUCCGUUGUACUGA